AUGGAAUUCUCUUAACUCACUCUUCCUUUAUGGGGCUUUUUCUUCCCCAGUCCAGUACUAUGCCAAUUUGUGGCCAUGCUCCCACCUGCCAGUCACCUCCUGGCCCUGCUGCUGGUGAUAGGCACAGGGGGGCCGGUGCCCAGCCCCCAGGUGGCUCCCCAGGGCUGCUACGUGGCAGAGGAAGCCGGGGAGCGGACGUUCCGCUGCAGCCAGGCAGGCCUGAGUGCCGUGCCCACCGGCAUCCCCAACGAUACCCGCAAGCUCUACCUGGAUGCCAACCGGCUGACGUCGGUGCCGGCUGGGGCCUUCCAGCACCUGCCUGUCUUGGAGGAGCUGGAUCUAUCCCAUAACGUCCUCGUCCACCUCUCAGGGGCUGCUUUCCAGGGCCUGGCGGGCACACUGCGCCACCUCGACCUCUCCGCCAACCAGCUGGCCUCGGUGCCCGUGGAGGCCUUCGUGGGGCUGCAGAUCCAGGUGAACCUGUCCGCCAACCCAUGGCGCUGCGACUGUGCCCUCCAGGAGGUGCUCCAGCAGGUGAGGCUGGCACCAGGCACUGGGACGGGCAUCGUGUGUGGCUCAGAAGCCCGACCAGACCUCGUGGGGCAGGAGUUCCUGCCGCUGGUGGGGGAGGGGGAGCUGUGUGGGACGGGCCGUGGCGGCGGCCGGCGGAGCACCGACGUGGCCCUGCUGGUCACCAUGGGGGGCUGGCUUGUGCUCGUGGUGGCUUAUCUGGCCCACUACAUGUGGCAGAACCGGGAUGAGACCCGACGUCCCCUCAAGCGGGCCUCCGUGCUGCCGGUGCACUCUGAGCACUCCUCCACCCUCAGCACAGUGGUCUGAUGACCAGGGCCACCCCUCCGGCCCUGCACCCUACACCCCUGCUCUAUGCCCGCUCCUCUCCUCCGGCCCCCUUCCUCCUCUGUCUCCCCAAAACACCUCACCUCUCUCACUCCACCAACACCAUCUUUGGUGCCUGGGGGUUUGGGUGCCUACUUUUGUGCCUACUCUAGGCCUGGGUUGUACUAGACUCAGAGACCCAGAGCUUCCAAGUCCACAGUCAUGGGGGGACCACAGAACAGAGAAUGACGAUAGAUGGUCACGUGUGCCAACUUGGAGGUAGGAGCAGGCAGCUUGAGAGCAUGGUGGAGGUGACCUCAAAGACUGCGCGGUAUGGAUGUUUGAACUGACUCUUCAAGAAUGAGGGGAGCUUUGAGCAGAAGAGAGGGACUACCAGCUGAAAGGUGGUGGACCAAGGCAAAGAAGAUGCGAAACAACUUGGAAUGUCUGGGCAGCAGCAAGACCUACUGGGGGCUGGAGAAGAGGGUGCACAGAGGGGCGAGGGGAUGGUGGGACCAAGCUGGCAGUGAGGUCAGAAAGGACGCUAAUGGUCCCCCCUCUCUUCUCCCUCUGCCUCUGCUGAAAAGCUCCCCUCCAGUCCCUCCCCUGCGCUUCUGGCCUCUCUCACCGCCCCAGGCUCCUCUCCCUGUACCCUCUGUUGCAGAUCCCCUGGCUUAGGGUUCUCUACUUCCUUUUCCAGAGAUUCUCUGUGUCUCUGCUCUCUCUUUUAUACACAGAAGAGCUUCCUGAUCUCUUUCCCUUGGGGGAAAAGCGGUCUCUGCUCUGCCUAAGCUGGGGAUGGGUCACUAGAGAGCUGUGAGGGAGAGAGGAGUUCCCCACCCCCAG